AUGUCAAAUUUCCUCAUUCCGGCUAGUCUAUACAGAACCAAUACUUUAAAAUAGAAGAAGAGGCACGAACACGAACUUCGACGGAGCCCUAGUUUGUGUCGCGACCCCACCCUCGCCCAUCCUUGCUGUCGAAUCAGCCCCCCAGCCUCGUCGCCGGUUCGCGCUGUUCGCCGGGCAUCUAAGCCCUCUUCGCCGGACCUCUUCUUUCUCGAGGGCUCGAAGCCUCUUCUUUGCUCUACAAAACACUUGACAUGGCCGGGGAAGAUUUUGAGGAAUAUAGCGUUGGUAACAUGCUGCCUCUAGAGAAACAAUAUUCUGAUAACGGUUCAGGUGGCCUUGGGGAAACUAAGUGGCCUGGAUGGCCUGGAGAGAAUGUUUUCAGGAUGUUGGUUCCUGUACAAAAGGUUGGUAGCAUCAUUGGUCGCAAGGGAGAGUACAUUAAGAAAAUUACGGAGGAGACAAAGGCUCGCAUUAAGAUUCUUGAUGGGCCUCCUGGGACUUCAGAAAGAGCUGUGAUGGUUUCUGCAAAAGAAGAGCCCGAUUCUCCUCUUCCUCCUGCUGUGGAUGGUUUACUGAGGGUUCAUAAACGUAUUGUUAAUGUGGACAGUGAUUCUGCUAAUGCUCCAUCAGGUGUUGGAGUAACAGUUUCCACAAGGCUACUAGUGGCUGCCACACAGGCUGGAAGUUUGAUUGGGAAGCAGGGUGCCACCAUAAGGUCUAUUCAAGAUGCUUCUAGUUGUACUGUUCGCGUUCUUGGGGCAGAAAAUCUGCCAGUUUUUGCUCUGCAAGAUGAUAGUGUUGUUGAAAUACUAGGGGAGCCUGCAGGCGUGCAUAAAGCAAUUGAACUUGUUGCAAAUCAUCUUCGAAAAUUUUUGGUUGAUCGCAGUAUUAUUGCAGUAUUUGAAAUGCAAAUGCAAAUGCCAAACGCUCGUGCAAAUCAGAACAUGCCAUUGCCACCAGACCAGUCUUGGGCUCCCCUUCCUCAAGGUUUUCCUAUGAAUACUGGCGCUGCACCUGGUUAUGUUCCUCAUCCUCAAUAUAUGCAGCCUCCCCAUCAAUUUGAUGAUUAUUAUCCACAAGCUGACAUGCCUACUUUGGAUAAGUAUCCACGUCACGAUGCAUCUGCAUAUGGAAGAGAUGCAUCUAUGGGAGUGAGUUCAUCAAGUGUGCAGCCACAACAAUCACUGGCCACAAAGGUCACUCAACAGAUUCAAAUUCCUCUGUCAUAUGCUGAUGCUGUUAUUGGGACGUCUGGUGCAAACAUAAGCUACAUACGUCGUGCCAGUGGGGCAAGUAUUGUGAUACAGGAAACAAGAGGCAUGCCUGGAGAGAUGACUGUUGAAAUAAAUGGUUCUGCUUCUCAAGUACAGGCAGCCCAGCAAUUGAUACAGAAUGUCAUGGCUGAGGCUGCAAAUUCUAUGCAGAACCCAACCACAGGACCUAAUGCCCCUGCUGGAGACUAUAAUCAAGGCUAUAACGCUUUUUCUGCUCAUGGUUCCAUGUAUUCGUCACCCCCAUCCAGUGCUGCUAAUCAUGUUGGCCAUGCACCUACUGGAGACUAUGGUUCAGUCUAUGGCACUAACUAUGGGUAUUAGUAAGUUGAUGCUUGAUCCUACUUGGGUGGGGAUCAAAACAUGGUAUUAUCAAGUAUCGAUGCUCCUCAGAGAUUGAUAUUGAUUCAACAGUGAUUCACUAGAAAAAUACUGGAUAGACAAAUUCUAGUCAGGGAAAUUUGGAAUCUCUUAUCAAGUUGAGUUGUACUGGAACAAUGUGUAUUGGUCUUUCUAGGGUUUUCCUGCUUUCUCCUUUUGCUUCUUCAUGUGAUCUAGUUGUCGUCAUUUGUCAGUGCCUAAUAUUUGUUUAAUUAUUGCAUUUCCGACCUUGGUCUUUUCAUUAGGUGCUUAUUCAUACAGAAUUCUAAUAUGAGAUCUUCACUGAGGUUAAAUCACUGUAUACUUCAUUACUGGAUUUCUAAGUUGCGUCUUCAUUCA